CUCUUCCUCCCCCUCGUCUUCUCCUCUCUGAGAUUUCUAUUGCCCUCCCGCAUCAUGGCCACAAGCGUGGAUGCGAAGCUGCUGCGGCGGACCAAGUUUCCACCCGAAUUCAGUCGCAAAGUCGACAUGACCAAGGUCAACAUUGAGGUCAUGAAAAAAUGGAUUGCAGGAAAGAUCUCCGAGAUCUUGGGCAACGAGGACGACGUUGUCAUUGAACUGUGCUUCAACCUCCUCGAGGGAACCCGUUACCCCGAUAUCAAAUCGCUACAGAUUCAGCUCACAGGCUUCUUGGACAAGGAUACGGCGAACUUCUGCAAGGAACUCUGGUCGCUCUGUCUAAGUGGUCAGGAGAAUCCCCAGGGUGUUCCCAAGGAGCUGCUAGAGGCCAAGAAACUCGAGCUCAUCCAGGAAAAGAUCGAGGCAGAAAAAGCGGCCGAGCAAGCGCGACGACAGAAGGAACAAGAGCAACGGCGGGAGCGGGAAAUGGAAGACCUGCGGCGGCGCGACCGUUCGGAUCGGGGGCGUGGAGGAAGAAGAGGAGGUGGGCGCGGGGGUGGGCGCGACUUCGAGCGUCGUCCAUCGCCACCCCGACGACGCAGCCGUGAACGGUUUCGCGAUGCGCCGCCAUCCCGGCGUGACUUCGACUCAUACGUACCAUCGCGGCGAAGCCGACGGCCCAGCCGCUCCCGGUCUCGCUCCGUUUCCUCGUCACGAUCCCCGCCCCCUCGUCGCCAACAACGCUUUUCCAGCAGGGACAGGGACCGACGCCGACGCCGCCGGUCGGCCAGCGGUUCAAUCUCCCCGGAACGCCGGCGGUCCGCCCCUCGCCGACGCGGCAGCCCGGACUAUGGUGAUCGAGUGCGGUCUGCUUCCCGCAGUGGUUCCUCGCGCUCACGUAGUCCCAGACGAGAUCGCAGAAGAUCGCGAUCGGUGUCGUCACGCAGCUCAUCCCGUUCACCGCCCCCGCCUUCUUCCCGGGACCGGCGCCGGAGGAGGGGCUCUUCGGCCUCGGAUGAUGACCGGGGCGCUCCGCGACGGAGAGGAUCCUCGCCUCACCAUUCUUCGCGCACGCAUAAGAAAGAAUCACCAGCUGAUGUUGCAAAGGUCCGCAAGACCCGUGAUGAUCGCCGCUUGAGCCGUAGCCGCAGCCACAGCCGCAGUCGCAGUCGCAGCCGGGGCCGGGGCCGGAGCCCGACGAUGAGUAUCAGCAGCAGCCGCAGUCGAAGCCCAAGACGACACGACUCGCGCAGCCGCAGUCGCAGUCAUAGUCGCAGUCGCAGCCGCGGUGAAGGCCGAAAACGGCGACGCUCAAUCCCCAGAUAUGCCCCGACGGCCCGCCGUCGGCGCGACUCGUCUUCCGUGUCAGCUCGCGACGAGAAGCGGCCACGGGUUCGAGAAGCAGACUCCGAUGCCGCGCCGGCACCAAAAAGAUCCCCAAGCCCAGCCGACAAAGCUCCCCCAAGCGACCAUGACAUAAAGGAUGCAGCUCCCGAGUCCACGCACUCUGCCCAUCGGCCGGCCGCUGCGCGCAUCUCGACCACCGCGCUACGCGAGAAGCUCCUCCGCGAAAAGCUGGUCGCCCGGCGACGGUCGUCGAGGGCAGAAAGGUAGGUUGGUCAGUCGCCACCAGGAUGGGAGGGAACCAACCGUGUGAGUCCAGUCGUAAGUCUGCGGGAUUUGCGCAUGUUCGCCACGCUCACAGCAAUAGAUAGUUCUGCAAUAUGACUGCGACCUACUUCAUGUUCU